CCGUGGAAAGGCGAGGGCCCAACCACAAGUCCUAAGUAGAUCCGUGGAUGGUUCCUUAGAGGCAUCCUCCUCCCAGCUGCCCCUUUAUUUCCCAACAGCAGCGUCCUCACGGUCUCUGUUCGAGUUCUGGAAACCUCUUUGGGUGGGUGAAAUCUGCAUUGUAGAACUGCCCAGAGCCUUUUCUGAUACCGGGUACAUACGUGGGGAAUAUGUCAGAAAACAGGAAGUCGCGUCUGGGUUUCAUGCACAAUCUCCCCGGUGCGACUGCAAUUGGGAACUCGGGCAAAACUCACUGUCCUUCGUGCACGGGGCUUUUCAAAGCUCCCAGGCUCUUGCCUUGUUUGCACACCGUGUGCACCGCGUGUUUGGAAAAGCUGGAACCCUUCUCAGUAGUGGACAUCCGAGGGGGAGACUCAGACACAAGCUCUGAGGGGUCACUAUUCCAGGAACUCAAGCCACGCAGACUGCGGUCGCAGAUUGGCAUCUUCUGUCCGGUAUGUGAUGCUCAAGUGGACCUGCCCUUGGGUGGAGUGAAGGCUUUAACCAUAGACCACCUGGCCAUGAAUGAUGUGAUGCUGGAGAGUCUGCGUGGGGAAGGCCAGGGCCUGGUGUGUGACCUGUGCAGCGACAGAGAAGUAGAGAAGAGAUGUCAGACCUGCAAAGCCAAUCUCUGCCGCUUCUGCUGCCAGGCGCAUAGGCGGCAGAAGAAGACAACUUACCAUACUAUGGUGGACCUAAAAGACCUGAAAGGUUACAGCCGGGUUGGAAAGCCCAUCCUGUGUCCUGCUCAUCCUGCAGAGGAGCUGAGGCUGUUCUGUGAGCUCUGCGACCGACCUGUGUGUCGGGAUUGCGUGGUGGGGGAGCACCGGGAACACCCAUAUGACUUCACCAGUAAUGUCAUCCACAAGCAUGGGGACUCUCUGCGGCAGCUCCUCAAAGGCACCCAGCCCCACGUGGAGGCCCUGGAGGAAGCCCUGGCUCAGAUCAAAAGCAUGAACAGCACCCUCCAAGAACGAGUAGAGAUGGUGGCAGCAGAUGUCCGGACAUUCUCUGAAGGCUACAUCAAAGCCAUCGAGGUGCAUCGGGAGAAGCUGCUAAAGCAGCUGGAGGACAUAAGGGUGCAGAAGGAAAAUUCCUUGCAGCUGCAAAAAGCACAGCUGGAACAGCUGCUGGCAGACAUGCGGACUGGAGUGGAGUUCACUGAGCACUUGCUGACUAGUGGCUCGGACUUGGAGAUCCUCAUCACCAAGGGAGUGGUGGUAGAACGGCUCAGGAAGCUGAACAAAGUUGAAUAUAACACCCAGCCGGGAGUCAAUGAUAAGAUUUUCUUCUUUCCUCAGGAGAAGGCAGGCCAGUGCCGAGGCUAUGAAGUUUAUGGGGCCAUUGAUACCAAAGAAGUUAAUCCAGCCAAAUGUGUCCUUCAAGGAGAAGAUCUCCACAGAGCUCGAGAGAAACAGACAUCUUCUUUCACCCUGCUUUGUAAGGAUGCUUCAGGAGAGAGCAUGGGCAGAGGAGGAGAUAACAUCCAUGUGGAAGUUGUCCCUAAAGAUAAAAAAGACAGUCCAGUCAGAACGAUUGUCCAGGAUAACAAGGAUGGAUCAUACUGCAUUUCUUAUACUCCGAAGGAACCUGGAAUCUAUACUGUGUGGGUCUGUGUCAGAGAGCAACAUGUGCAGGGUUCACCAUUCACUGUGACCGUGAGAAAGAAGCAUCGCCCCCACUCAGGUGUGUUUCACUGCUGUUCCUUCUGCUCCAGUGGAGGCCAGAAAACGGCACGCUGUGCCUGUGGAGGCACCAUGCCAGGUGGGUACCUAGGCUGCGGCCAUGGGCACAAAGGCCACCCAGGUCGCCCCCACUGGUCUUGCUGUGGGAAGUUUACUGAGAAGUGUGAGUGUACAUGUGGCACAGGGGGACAGAGCACACCGAGGAGUCUGCUUAGGACAGUGGCACUCUGAUGGCUUCCUGGGUAUGAGCUCGACCAGGUAAACCUGCAGCCAAUGUGACUUGGAUUUCCAGAGGACCCCAGAGCUUGAGUAAUUAUGAAGAGACUGACAGAAUGAAACAAGAGUGCCUUAUCUGACAUUAGCGUUCAAGUGCUUUUUUGUGAGCUACUCACCUGUCACUGUAGCGGUGAAGCGCAGAAGUCCACCUCUGCACUGUUCUUCAAGGCAGGUGAUGCUCUUCCUAUACCACGGGAGGCUUCCUUCUGUUUUAUACAGGCAUGAAAUGUCUAUGCCAUCGGAACAGAAAGAUCAUGGGGGGGGUGUAAUUUUCUAAUGUAUUAUAACCUCUUCAGUUUAUUCCUGGGCUACAAUUUAAACAUUUCUUCCAUGAAUGAAAACCCCUUGACUGAGUUGCUUUUUGUUGGCAUUCUUUUAGGGGCUUUCCCAGUAUAUGCUUCAUGACGAUUAUAAAAUGUGAUUUUGCUAUUUGGGUGAGUUUCCCGCCUCCUUCUGAAAGAAGCCUAGAUUGAUUAUAUACAGCAUACAAGUAGGAAGUUAAUAAAGAGGAAUGGUGUAGAAAGGUCUUAUCCAUCUUUGCAUUUCUCAUGCGAGGUGAACUACAUACCUUCACCCUCACAGCUCUCCUUUCUAGUGUCAUUGCCUGUGUCUCUACACCUAGAAACUGACUGAAAGCACUGACUUCCAGGGUACCUCCCAAGCUGUUAGACUUUCCUGCCUCAGGCCUGCUGAGGUCUUCUCUGGUUACAUUUUGUAUCUUCUGGGAUUCUUGGUUUCUUAGUCAGAAAUAAGUUCAGCAUAUAUUAAAUAUAAUUAUUGAAAUUUGCAUUGUAAGAUCCCUUAAUAACUGGGCAAUUCAUUUGAGUGGAGAAAUGGAUUAGGCACAGGAAGUGAAAUAAUUAGAUGACAACUAUCAAGUCACCAUGGAAUAUAUUUCUUUCUUGAAGCUGCUGGAUUCAGGCUACAUUAAAGCCAUAAACAUUAAGAUACUAAUUUCCAUUCUUUCCAAAAACAUUCCCUUUAGCCUUUCUGUAGUGUCUUCCCAGAGGACACUACUGCCCAUUACUAUCUCAAAUUGUUCAUGUUUGCCCCUCACUCCUGAUGUCUCUGGACCCACAGCUCAUCAUUGCUGCUUUAAAACCAUUGGUUCUCAGCCAGGAGUAACUUUUCCCCACCUCCACCUCUCCAAGGAGUAGCUGGCAGUUUUGCAAAGUCUUAGAGAUGGUACUGGUUGUCUCUGCAAGAGGAGGGUGCUAAUAGCAUGUAGUGGGGUUACAGACCAGAGAUAUAUUAAGUUAAGUAGUUCACAGUGACCAGAGCAGCUUUCCUAACAAAUAGAACAUUUGUUAGACCUCCACGAAGCAUCAUCCCUGCACUCUGGCUCAUUGCCUGUUCCUUCUGUCUCUGCUCAUAUAGCUUCCUGUUCUCUGUAUACUGAAGAGAGCUAAGGGGAAGUUCUAUCCUUCCAUGGUUCCCUAGAGAUCUCAACUUAUCAUAAUUUCAUUUUUAAGAAUUUUUAUUUUUAUUUUAUGUGUAUGAGUGUUUUUGCCUGCGUGUAAGUGCACCGGUGUCGUGCACUGUUCACAGAGGCCAGAAGCGGACACUGGAUUCCCUGGAACUGGAGUUAUGGAUGAUUGUUAGCCACCAAGUGGAUGCUGGGAACCAAACCUAGGCCCUCUGCAAGAACAACCAGUGCUCUUGGCCACUGAGCCAUCUCUCUAGCCUCCCUAUCAAGACUUGUUUGUACACUGAUGACUCCUAAGCUUACCUCCAGGUCCACUCUAUAUGAUUAUGUCCAAUAGGCUAUUUAAUGUCUCUUCCUGUAUGUAUAACAGGUACCUGAAAUUUAUAUGUCCAGACUUGCAGUUUCCAGUUCUUCCCUCUUGACUGCCACUACCAAACUGUUUCUCUUUUAGUCUUCUCUAUCUCUUUACAAGGAUGCUUGUUGCCAGGCCUGAAGACCUGAGUUUAAUUCCCAGGGCCAUGUGGUAAAAGGAGAGACCCAGCUCUUGCAAGUUGUCUUCUUGACCUCCAUACAAUGCAUUGUAGCACUUAAACACCCCCACAUGUACACACACAAAAGAAAUGUAAUUUAAAAAUUAAAAAGAAAAGCCUUGGAAACGUGGCAUGCCUGUCUACACAUCUAAAACACAGCAAAUCCUACCAGCCUUACCUUCAAAACACAUCUAACCACUGCUCUCCACAUGCAUUGCUACCAUCCUGGUCUCAGAUGUCAAGACUUGUCACCUGAAGUUUUAUGAUGGUCUUCUAAUCAGCCUGUUUCCACCUUACUCCCUUACCCUGUCUUCUCCCAAUAGAGGUCCUUUCAGAGAAUGUCAUAUUAUGUCAUUCUGCUAAGCAUCUUACUUCGAUCAGAAAAAAAGUCAUGAUACAUCCUUCAUCAGCAUAUGACCAGCAUGAUCUCUGCUUAUUUCCUACCUAUCCCUCCACCAUCUCUCCGGCCACACUGGCCUGCCCGGUGCCCUUUACACUGAAAACACUGUCUUGGAGCCUUUAUAGUCACUGCCCCUCCAUCUGAGAAGCCUUUUUCACAGAUAUAUCCUACUUCCAUGAUUCACUCUGAUUCUUCAGGUUUCUGUUCCAGUGUCAACUACCUCCAAACAGUGAUGUCCUAAGUACCCUGCAUACAACAGCACCUCAUCCAGGAGAAGAUAUCACCUGCCUUGCACACGUCAUCAUAUAUAGUCUGUCAUAUGUCUGUCCUAUUACACUAGACUUUGAACUCUAUGAGGGCAGGAAUUUGACAUUUAAUAACUACUAUGUUAUCCCCAUGUAGGAGUUUUGGGCACACAGUAGAGACAAUAUUAUGUUGAAUGAAUAAAAAUUAAUUGAAAAAUUGGAAUUUUUAGUUUGGCUGUACUUGGUUUUCAUGACUUUCCUUCUCCCAAACCCAAGUAGUUCUCAUUUAAUCGAGUAUCACUUGGGAAAAUACCGUCUCUCAAACUUGUUGGAUAAAUUAUGUGUACCUGAGGGACCAGCCUUGAAUUUUCCAGUUACCUCAGUCAGCUAGGGAUUCUUCUGUCAUGAAGAAAUCUGCUUAUUACAUCAUCUUUCCCCAUGUGUGUUUUUAUGAAUCAGAUUGCAGAACUGUGGAUAAAAAGCUUACGUAUUUAUUUGGAAAGAUUUCAGUAACUGGACAACUUCAUCAUCUCUAUUAGAAGAAUACAGUAUAAAGGGAAAACAGGUUGCUUAGAAGACAAUCACAAAAAUGAAAUGGGGUUUGGUGAACACAUAGUAAGUCUGUCAGACUGCCAACUGCAUAGGCCCCUCUAUUACAGCCUUCACCAUAGAUGAAGUUAUACUGCAACAGAAAAUUCCUGUGGGACAUCUAGGUUCUGGCUAAUGCCUCAGUCUCUAGGCAACAUUAAUGGGAACAAAUCUGAUACAAAUAUAUGAAGUUUGCUUAAGUGACAGAAGGGGAUGCUACUCCCUGGCCUAUAGAAUAAAGGGGUCUUGGCCCAGUUUAAUUCAACUCCACUAGCACCCAAAAGACCUGGCAAAAGUCAGAGUAAUGUGAAAAACCUAAAACUCCAAGGUGAGGAUAAAGGCACUGUCCUAGGGUAAGAAAGUCCUUCAGGAGUGUGGUGGUGCAAGCCUAUAAUCCCAGCACUUGGGAGGCAUAAGCAGGUAGAUCUCUUGAGUUUGAGGCCAACCUGUUCUACAUAGCGAGUUCCAGGCCA